AUGGUCCUGUCAUGCAGGGGUGGGCUGUCAAUCAGACGUCUCCGCCCAGACUCUCAUCCCAUUGGUGGGUCGAGUUCCAAAACAGAAGGGGGGCAUUCUGAACGGGGUGCUGUGAUUGGUCGCCGUGUUCUGCAUGCGCGCGCUCCCAGCUGAGCCUGUCCGUUUGACUGUGCGGGAGAAGAAGAGCGGAGGAGGAGGGGAGGGGGCUACAGGGGAUCAUUUCCAUGGACCAUCUGUCUCGCUGGCUGCGCUCACAACAAAGAAGGACCCAGGAUGGUGUUAGUCCAAGUCGGAUAUCUGGUUCUCCCCGUCUUCGGCUCAGUUAGAAAUAGAGGAGCGCACUUCAGCAGGCAUCAGCACAGCCAUGCUACCUCCUGCCGACACUUUCACCUGGGCGCUCCCCAGGCUCCCAUCCCGGCAGAGUUUCCUCUCGGACACGCCGGCCAGUCCCCGCCGUCGGGCCUGGCCGCCCACCUACCCGCCGCGCACCACCCGACGCUCAACGCUCUGCCUGCGCCCCCCCAGUUUCAGGACGUCCCAGGGCCUUCAUUCCUACCUCAGGCCUUACACCAGCAAUACCUCAUCCAGCAGCAGCUCUUUGAAGCGCAGCACCGCAGGAUCCUUCCUCACUCAUCCAGAAGAACCCAGGAGCGUAUUCCUCUGAAUUCGCAUCGGCUGCGUUCAGGUUAUGAAUACUCGCCUCCAAUCCAUGUUCCUCAGCCAAUAACACAGCAGCCACGGUACCUGGCUGAAGGCACCGACUGGGAUCUCAGCGUAGAUGCUGGCCUCCCUCAUCAGUACCAACUCCAGCAGCUUCCGCAGCACUAUCAGCAUUACCUGGCCUCCCCUCGCCUUCACCACUUCCCCAGGAACACGUCGUCUGCCCAAGUGGUUGUUCACGAAAUCAGAAAUUACCCCUAUCCCCAGCUGCAUCUGUUAGCGCUGCAAAGUUUAAAUCCCUCAAGGCACGCCACUGCUGUGAGAGAAAGCUACGAGGAGCUGUUGCAGCUUGAAGACCGGCUGGGAAGCGUCAGCAGGGGCGCUGUCCAAACAACCAUAGAAAGAUUCACUUUUCCACACAAAUACAAGAAGAGAAAGCCUCUGCAACUGAAGACUGGAGAAGAGGAGGAAACAGAUGUGGAUGAGAAGUGUACCAUCUGCUUGUCCAUGCUGGAGGAUGGAGAGGAUGUCAGGCGACUGCCCUGCAUGCACCUCUUCCAUCAGGGCUGCGUGGACCAGUGGCUGGCUACCAGCAGGAAGUGUCCAAUCUGUCGGGUCGACAUCGAAACACAGCUGAACCCUGACAGCUGAUGAGAUUCAACAUCCUAGUGAUUCACUCACUCUUGUGUGAUCCCUCACUCUCUUCCAUCCAGGCUUGCCGGCCUUCCCCCCCCCCACGAUUCCUCCCCCCCGGUGGGUGCUUUGACAAAAUGUCUCCAGAUUUCCCGCACCAUAACAAAAAAAAUCUCUAAUUACGCUUUAUUGAGCCAAGCUAGGACUGCACGAGAGGCUGCGACGGACUCUCUUUUACAUAGAAGCACAUCCUCUUGGGAAGCAAACGACACUGGAACACAAAACCAACGCGCGUUCUCAUGUACACAGGGUUUACUUGUAGCUUUGCUGGUUGUGAGUGGGGUGUUGUUGCAGUUGUGCUGUUGUACUGUAGGUAGCCACGGGCUGUGUAGCAUGUCCUCAAAGCCAUGACCUUAAGUCUGAAGAGUGGAAAAACACGUAACCACACACUGAACUCUUGACUUUCUCUCUUUUCACCGUCUCUUUCUUAUUCGGACACGAACAUAAGCUUAACAGAUACUAACCGCUCUGAUGCCAUGUUUACCUAAAGAUCUUUGUGGUCGUAGUAGAGUAGCAGUAACCAAUAAGUGAUUUUUUUUCGGUGGACUCUCGCCUUUUUUUGGGUCGAAGCACUAGCUAGCUGAGUGUUUUUGAUCGCAUCAUAAAGCUUUGACUUUUUGCAAUACAGUCGUCCUUUUGACCCUGGGUGGUGUCGUUGUAUUGGGUCUCUUUCACUCCUGUGCAACCAGAACCCCAGUGACUGAGUGGUUUUGUAUUUAAACUGUUAAAAAUAUGUGGGAAGUGUUUGUUUGUUUUUUUUAUUUGAAUUUAUUUGAAUUUUACCAAAAUGCAUUUUACUGCAUUGUAGCUUGAAUCUGCACACAGGUUGUGUGUGUGUGUGUUUGUCUGUGUGUGUGUGUGUGUGUGUGUGGGGGGGGUGCUCUGCCCUGGUGUGCUUAACAAAACUAAUAUGUGUCAGUGGCAUCUUGACUUUGCUUUAAGAGUUGGGGGCGACACCUUUACUCAGACCAUGUAGGUUAAAUACUGCAGCUGCCUGAGCUCUUACACAACGCAAAACCAAAAAAAAAAAAAAAAAAAAAAAACGAUGAGGGGAGGUUAGCGCGCACUAGGCAUGGGCCGGUACGACUUUUUUAAGGUAUGAUUACUUUGAUUUUCUGGCAAUUACGCAAAACGUUGAAAUAAAAUGUAAGGAACUGAUUGCUUUAACUUAAGACAGAAAAGAAAAAUAUAUUCCAACUGCUGCUAACAUGUUAUAGCAUAUUUAACAUUACAGACAUGAUAUUAUUAUGGAUAACAUUUCAUUGUUGUUUUAACCUAGAUACAUAGAUUUGCCUUUAUGCAAAAGGCAUGCUAAAUUCAGUAGUUUUCAAAUGCUCAUCGAUAAACAACGCUUUCCUGUUUUGUCAUUCUGUCAGGUUAACACCGCUCUCCGCCUUUGCCCAUAGUUAUAGUGUAGAUACUUGAUUGUUUGCAUAUUAUAUGUGCAACUUCACGACCAGCAUUCCUGUGCGCAAACAAACUCUUCUGCCGAGUUUAUAUAAUAAAACGAAAGCAUGUAGGAAUAUUAACUUUUACACCCUUGAUUGGAUGGUCUAAUCAUUCAAGCUCUUUCGUCUUUCAAAUAGUGAAUGAACGACUUAAAGAAAUGCACUAUGAUUACGCACCCUACGUUACGUAGCUGCUUUGUCGAUUGCUAAAGAUGAAAAGGGAAAUAAAAGAAACAGCUUGUAGAUCUGAUGUGAGCGUAGUAUUUGUAUAGUUGGCUAUUUAAAAAGGCAAUCUGUAUGUACACUAAUGAGUUCCUGGAUGGACCGUUUUGAUUCCUUGUCUGUUAGUAGAAGGUGAAAACAGAACUACCAAUCACUUGCUGAAGCCAUUAGCUAAACUUAUGGAUAUGUCAGGGUAUGAUUAUCAAAAAAAAAAAAAGUACAUUUAGCUGACUUGAAAACCAGUAACUUCAAAGGCAAAGCUUGCUGCAGACAAUUAGCUACCAAAACAAUUUACUCAGAAGUUGCAGUCACAGCCAAUCCUACAGCAACUGCGCCAGGAACAUAGUGGAUAACAAACUGUUAUUACCUGCCUAAUUAAGCUACCUGCUGGGGUUGUCAGCCAUAGCCAUGCUACUCUUAGCUUUAGAACUGUAGUUUUAUAAACAGAGUUAUAUUAUCAGAGGGAUCAAUGGCACUCCUUUCGUUUCCAAGCCAUGACUGUAACCUGAAAUAUUUCAGCUUAGUUUGUCUUUCUUGUAAGCGUGGGGAAAAGCUGGUUGUCUUCUGUCAGCCAGCUGACCAGCAGUGUGCAGCGAAUGAUAGGGGAGGGGGGCAGCGCUUCGUUCUGCUCAUCAUCACUCCCUCCUGGGUCUCUCAUUUAAAGGACUUUGGACUGUAGGAUCACUUCUUUUUUUUUUUUUUUUUUUUUUUUUGCAGUUUCUAAACUAUUUAACUGGCCCAUGCCUAUCAUGCACUGCAGAGGUAGGUGGAAGGCUUCGGUUGUUCUUCAACCGGCAUUUUCAGGUGGAACGGAUCAAACGGCGAAACAGCGCGUGCUAAACAAUGCAUGUUUCAUUUUGAGUUCAGCUGUCAGCUUGGGCAGUGUUACCUUAACUAAAAGGGGUGCGAAGAUUCCUGCGCAUGCCUUAGUUAAUCUGAGCUCCGACUAUCUUCUCAACAUCAACGAAAUAAUAAAAAAAAUAAAAAUAAAUUAAAAAAACCAGUCAGCGGCUGCUCCCCUGACUCGUAGCUUGUGUUCGUCCUGUCCCCUUCGAUGUUGACAGCAGGAUUCUCGCGACGUUUACCUUAUUGCCUACGAAGAGCAAGCACACAUAGUUAUAGCAACAAGCUGUUUUCCUUGGAGUUGCAUUAGAUAUAGAUUCAUGUCCAGAGAGGGAGAGGAGUUUUCUUUUCACGCGCCGAUCCCGUGUCUAUCUGUGACAGGCCUCUCUUUGUGGUCGCUUUGCCGGUUGCCAUGCUGUACUCCUAGAACAUGUGGGGCGUGAGGCGACGAAGGCAGCUCUCACUUCUUGCAGUGCACACAGACACGAAGGCGAUGCAACAGCAUCCCGGUUUCACUUCAGUCCCACAGAGCCAUGUGUUAAAGAUCCCCUUCAGGACCCGCACCGUCCUAUGCACUGUGAUAGCGGAGGACCAGACCUUUCAGUUCCCCGUCCUGUGCACUGCGAGCGGUGACACUGCCUCCUGCUGUAGUGGAGACAUCCGUGAUGAAGUUUUCAUAGUUUACACAGGGUGUUGUCAGCUGAAAUGCCUUAAGUAUUUAACAAUCAUAAUUUAUUACUAAUUGUAGAUAUUGUGGGGAUGUAUUUAAUUUUAUAGAGUUUUUUUUUUUUCUUUUUGAGAGAGAGAGAGAGAGAGAGAGAGAGAGUGGAUGAAUCAUAAUUUAUUUAUUUAGAAAUAACAAAAAAAUAAUAUGAAAAAAAACGAUUACCUCAUUUUUGCAUUGUUUGAAAUGGGAAUGCUUUGCAUGCAGUGGUACUUUUUGAACACUAAAGCUAUAUAUGAAAGAAUAAGAAAUAAUAAUAAUAAUAAAAAAAAAAUAGCCCUGCUGUUUGAUCUCCACAAGCUGGCUAUGCGAUGUUUACGGUCCCAGACUGAGCUACUGAGCCUGCUCUCUGUCUGUCUCCCAUGUGGUGCUGUGGAUCCUAGUUACAUUCCAUUCAAUGCAAUCUCUCUGAUCUCCCAUGCUGUGAUGUGGACGAACUGCAAUGACGUGAUCUUUAGUUUGUGAUUUAUAAUUUUAGUUUUUUAAGUUUGUUUUUUGUUGGUUUUGCACUCGUUUGAUAUUUCGGAACCCUCUCACUGGCAAAAAAAAAAAAAAAAAAGUCGCUUUUAUGAAUUAACUGGCUUUUAUUUAGUAUGUUCUGCUUCUUGCAGUGCAGUCUCUUGACAUCUUAUUGAAGCAUGAUCCUUUUUGCCACUUUUAUAUCUGUCUUUGAUUUAAGCAGUCUUCAACGGACCUUGAAGACACAAGCAUAACAAGUGCCUCGCUUUAGGUGUUCUGAGAUAAUUUCCAUGACACUGAAACCACUAACAACAAUCAACCCAUGAAGCCACCCUGCCUUAUCAGUUGCAUGAAUAUUUGAAGGAAUGAAGCUGACAAGUAUGAAAGCCCUUCUACUUACAGAGAGAUGGUUCAAAUGUUAUUGACGCGGGGUUCUAUGGAGAGGUUCUGAGCAGCAACAUCUUUGUCAAUAUUGUACCUGUUCACCUUUAUUUUCCAGCAACUCAACAUUCUGGAACAAAUUCACGGUACCAAAAUGAAGUAGUUCUCAAUUUUCAAGCUUGUUUUAAGAUAAAGUCUUUAAUAAUAUAUAGAUUAUGAAGUCAUAUCACAUGGGUUAGGGCAUCUCCUGGAAUUUGAUAGCUGGCUUUUGCCAUCUUAUUUCUAUCUGCUUGGUUCUGUUAUGCUCUGUUUGCGGCAAUUUAAAUGGCUAAGUCAUGAGUCCAAGGCGUGACUUUCAACUUUAAGGCAAAAUCUAGUUCACUGUAUUGAAUUUAAUUGAAUUUUGCUUUAAACUUGACAGUAACGCCUUGGAUUCAUGACUUGACCAUUUAAAUUACGGAGAGGAAAGGCAUGCUGUUCACGGUUUGCUACCAAAACCAUAAUAUAAAUGAGUGACAGGCAGCGCUCCAUUAUUUGGCGCAUCAUGAGUAACUAGACUUUUCGCAGACAGAAAUAUUUUAAAAGACACAGAUACAUCUUCAUAAGCCAGAGGAAGGUGCGCAAUUCUUCUUUCAGCCAGCUGCAUGGCAGUGUGGAGCUAGUGGAAGCAGUAUCUCUGCAUUAUUGUAAGCUCGAAACAGCAGCAGGAAAAAAACCUGCACACUUAGGCACCUUUUCUAAUAUCUCGUUAAGAAGACUAGUGAUCCUGAAACGGUAACUUUUUAAAACGUUGCCAUAGCUUGAUCCCUCAUAACCUCUCCAAAGAACUCCACGUCUAAGAAUAGGAAAUAAAUCUAAAUGCUUUCUUUAAAAAAUUAGAAUAAAACAGUUGAAGUCAUGAAGCGUUACUUGGAAAAAAAACCCUCUUUGGACCAUGAAGGGGUAUUUUUCACGUUUGGGUUUGGUAGAUGUUUUUUUUUCUUUUUACUUCUCUAGCGAAUGCUUUCCAUUUCUGUCCGUUUUUACUCCUCUCAUUCCCGUUUCUUUUCACUUUCCGUCAGUCGGCUCUCUUUCUUCUCACAGCCUAAGCGAAAAGACAUGGAUUACAAAGCACAAACUUUUUUCUAAAAAAUGCAUGUUUUCUCAGGUUCCAGUACAGUCGCAAUGGUUUAAUAACAUAUUGUCGAAAUAUAUAAAAAGAAUAUGAAGGAAAAAAAAAAA